AUGCGCCACCUCAAUAUCGCGAUGGCCAGCUGUGGGGGUGCUCAACUUUGGCAGGAAGCAGUGCAUUUGCUCACAUUUGCAGAGCAACAGGGUCUACGACCAGAUGUUGUUAGCUAUAGUACAGCAAUGGGCGCUGCAAGCAAAGACUGGCAAAUCGCUGUUGGGCUCUUUCAAGCAAUGGCAGACGGACGUCUACUUGCAGAUGUGGUGGGUUAUAGCGCCCUCAUGAGCAUUUGCGAGAAGAAUUCGCAGUGGCCAACUGCCUUGGGUUUAUUUGGUCAGAUGUCUUCAGUAGCUAUAACUCCAAAUGUUGUCACCUUCAAGACAGCUAUCAGUGCAUGUGAGAAGGCUGACCAUUGGCAAAGCGCUUUGCAUUUGUUCCAGGCUAUGCCCAAAGCCAAGGUCCGUCCAAAUGUUCUCAGUUACAACUCGACUAUCAGUGCAUGUGAGAAGCACUGGCAGAUUGCAUGCCACCUAUUCGCAACAAUGUCCCGGACCAGUAUCACCCCCAACCUCAUCAGCUUCAGUGCCUUGAUCAGCUCGUACGGCAAAAACAGCCAGUGGCCCAUGGCAUUAGAUAUCUUCAAGUCAAUGGCAAGCGUGUCUCUGAAGCCUAAUGCCUACAUCUACAGCGCCACCAUCAGUGCCUGUGAGAGAGGCAGUCAAUGGCCCUUGGCCUUACAUCUCUGCAUCACAACGAACUCAGCGAGUGCCUCCUUCAACGCCGCCAGCAGUGGCAUGACCAAUGCGUCUUUGUGGCAGAAAGCAUUGCAGCUCUUCAAUGCUAUGCCUAAGAUCAAGGUUACUCCAGACACUUACAGCUACAAUGCAGCCAUCAACGCCUGUGAAAAGGGUGGAAACUACCCAUUGGCUCAACAUCUUCUCAAAAGCAUGGCCAAUGACGUGACACCCACCAUUGUAAGCUACAACACAACCAUCAGUGCUUGUGAAAAGAAUGGGAAAUGGUCUUCAGCACUUGGCUUCUUCUAUGCCAUGUCAGCGAAAAAGUUGAAGCCCAAUGUCAUCAGUUUCAACUCUACACUCAGCGCCCUGGAAAAGGGUGCCCAGUGGGUCACCGCUUUUCAACUGUUCCACUCGAUGCCCAAAGCAGAGGUUGUUCCAAACGUGAUUACUCAUGGUGCUGUCAUCAGUGCCUGCGAGAAGUCUGGGCAAUGGCAAUGGGCCUUACAUAUGUUCCACUCGAUGCCCCAACAGCAUCUCUCGCCGGACCUUCACGUGUACAACUCCAUGUUGGCUGCCUUUGACCGCAGCAGCCUUUGGUCACGGGCCACAGAAUUAUUUUCAGAGAUGGCUUCUGCAAACGUGCAACCUGAUAGCUACUCCUACAACUCCAUCAUCAGUGCUUGUCGGAACCAGUGGCAACUGGCUUUGUACUUCUUCAGUCAGAUGGGGGCCGUGAAUCUGGCGCAGGAUGAUGUUUGCUACAACAGCUUGCUGAACGGCCUUGUUGAUGUUGAGGGGUCAUCUAUUGGCAUGGCCUAUUUCCAGCUGGCACUUGCCAAUCAGGUUUAUCCUAAGAUGUUUGCGAAAGCCAUCGACAUCCUCGAUGUCCACGACUGCUCACCAGGGGCUGCAAGACUUGCUUUGAGCUGGUGGUUGGCAAAUGUUGUGGCAAAGAUUGUUGAAGAGCAUGGAGGGAGAAGGUUCCUGGUCAUCACUGGCUGGGGGAAGUCUCGCGCAGCUUGGAAGCGUGGAAACUUGCAGCAGGAUUUGCUCAAGGAUUUGAUGAACCUUGAUGCCAAGGUCUACGAGGAAGUGGGAUGCAUCAAAAUUCAGCUGACCAAGGGGCAUUUGGCCAAGCUGCGCGAAAAAGCGGACAAUCGGCUGCUACGGCAGGCCUCAAGUAUUACUGUCCUGCGCCAAGGCCGGAGCCGGUCAGGAAGCUGUGCUCGAAGCCGUGCAGAAGGAUUUCGAACAUCGCAUGGAGCGCUAUCGAGACGAGGUUCAGUAUCUUCGCCAAAAGUGCGAUGA